AUGGACAAGAAGUUAUCAUUGAAAUUAAAUGGUGGCAGACAUGUCCAAGGAAUACUGCGGGGAUUUCAUCCCUUUAUGAAUCUUGUGAUAGAUGAAUGUGUGCAGAUGGCGACUAGUGGGCAACAGAACAAUACUGGAAUGGUGGUAAUACAAGGAAAUAGUAUCAUCGUGUUAGAAGCCUUGGAAUGA